GUCGAUUAUCGAAUAUGCGUCGUAUGAAAUAUCGAUACCAAUUAACAAGGAAGUGGUGAUAAUAUACCGCUAGUGGACCGCUAAAUUGUUGAGGUUGAUUUUCUGUAUCAUCGAACGUGACAUCGUUUUGUACGGGUAGGCGCGUUCGCGAUCCAUCAGUAUUCGUCGUUAUAAUGAAUGCCAGCAAGAUUUGAACGCGUUUGUCGCGGCACCCGUGCCAUAAUGUCGCCGAACGAUACAACCGAGGACAGCACCAGAAUACAUUUUUCUGCCUUGCUCGAAAGGCAGUGACCCACCUUGACAAAAUUCCAUUCGUUACCGAUUUAAUACGCUGAAUAAUGGAGAACCAUACUACGCAGGAUAAUACGAUCAACAUGAACGGAAGUGAGGAUUUGCAGGAAAAAGUAACUAGACUGGAAUCGGAGAACGCGAAAAUGCGAGAGGAAUUUAACAUACAGAGAGCCAAGUUGAAAGAACUGUUCCUUCAGAAAGAAGAAGAAUUGAAGAGACGGUUACAAGAUAACACGUGUUUGCAAGAGGAAAACACAAGACUGAAAAACGAAUUGGACGAAGCUAAAAGUCAAGCGGUGGUUGCCGAUCUUAAAAUAGAAAACGACAUACUUAUAGAGAAAAGAAAAGCUCAAGAGGAGAUAGCGUCCUUGCAACGCGUUAUACACGAAACCGUGGAGGAGUCUUCGUGCUCUCGCAAACGACUAGACGCCGAAAUAAACGGAUUGAAGGCCACGCUUUCCAAGUUGCAAGAGGAGAACGCGUUACUGAAGUCCCAGUUGCCUCGUGACCCACCUGUAGAUAGCCCGCAGAUAUCGUUGUCCACCGUAACAAAAACGAUAGCUCGAAAAGUAGUUAAGCAAAUAGGCGCCGACGCUUUGUCUUUAGGUCCUGACAAUCUCGAAGAAAGCAUGAGGAAGGUAAAAAGAUAUGCACAGGAGGACGCGGAAGUUUUACGUUCGUUGGUAGUGCCGCUCGAAGAAGAGAUAAAAGCCUUAAAAGAGAAACUGAGAGCGACGGACGACGAGUUACAGAAGUGUAAAGAGGCACAGUCGCUGAGAAAACAACGGGAAUCCGGUUCCUUUGAACCCAUGUGCGAUAUGUGCGCGAAUUACGAGGCGCAAUUAGUCAAGAUGCAAGCGAACGCUAAAGAUAUGGAGAAACAGCUGUCCGACUCGGAACGGAUGCUGCAAGCGCAAAAAGACGAUUUAGCUAAGGAGGUGGAAUUUCGUAAAGAAAUGGAAGAGAAAUGGAACGAGAAGAAAGAGGAGCAUAAAAUCAAAGUGGCCGAGCUCACUGUCAUGUCGCAAACGGUGCAACAGACGUUGACAGACCUGAAAAAAACGUUUGAACACGUUCAGAGAAAUGUAAAAGACGAACUUGUAAUACUGACGCGAGGCCGUGAAGAAGUGCAGAGGCACCUUGUCGCACUGCAAAAGGAAAAUGAGAAUCUAGUUGGUAAGCAUAGCAAACAUUCUCAGCAACUGCAGAGCGAGAGCAUCAAUAUGCCGAAUAAUGUCGAGGAGUUGCACGUUAGUCUUUUGAAAAUGCGCGAGGAUUUGAUCACCGCUAAAGUUGCUCAAGAAGUGGCGCAAGAGAAGGAGGAGACGUUGCGAUACGAAGUGACCUUGCUUCAAGAACAAAUGGAACAGGAGAGCAGAGUGAAAAAACAAGAAGCACUGGCAUUGAAGAACGAAAUUAGCGGACUUAGGACACAAUUGGAUAAAUAUAUACGAGAUCAUCGAUCGCUCGCCGAGAGGGAGGAGAAGCUCGAUCGUUUGGAGAAACAGUUGGACGUAGUUUUGAAAGAAAAUAAAGAGGCUGAAUUGAAAGUGGCCGAAUUACGACAAAGAGUUACCAGUCUUCAGCAAGAACUGGACACCAGCGAAGCAGUUCAGAAAGACUUCGUCAGAUUGUCGCAGUCGUUGCAGGUACAAUUAGAAAGAAUUAGGCAAGCCGGCAGUGAAGUGAGAUGGCAACACGAAGAAGAUGUGGAGGAAUGCCCUAGUUGCCAUACUUCUUUCACGGUUACGAAGAAAAAGGUGCAUUGUCGUCAUUGUGGCCAUAUAUUUUGCCAGUCCUGCCUUUCGCACGUCGUGAAAAGUGGACCGAAACAAAGACCAUCCAGAGUCUGUGAUGUUUGCCAUACUUUAUUGGUGCAAGAUACAGCGCCAUAUUUUAGCCAAGAACCACCACACACACCUGAUUAAUAUUCUAACGCAAAGCCAGUCCAACAAGAUGUGCAAUAUCGAUUUGGAGGAUGUAGAGAUGCUACUAGCGCGGAAAGGGGGGCUAGAUAAAAUUCCUAUUACCUGACAACUGGAGUGAUAAGAUAAAUAUCGUGUAAAUACGAAUUAUGUACUACUUAAUGUUUAUUGUAAUUUAAAAGAUUAAAGCUUUUGAAUGUA